AUGACGGUGUUCUUCACCAUUCGGCUAGUCACACAACAAUCAGCCUUGUCUCUGCCCGAAAUUGUCGAUCCCGAUCCACUUAUGGCAUCUGACAUGAUGGACGGCAGAGAUACGUUCCUAACGAGAGCUCGGGAUGAACAUUGGGAGUUCAGCUCUUUGAGGAGGGCAAAAUUCUCAACUCUCGCUUUGUGUCACGCACUUCAUGAAUCUGAUGUGAACAAGGACAUGAGUUACACCUGCAACAAGUGCAACAGCUCGAAUGCUAAGUGGCACUGUACCACUUGUGAUGACUUUGAUCUUUGCGAGACAUGUCGCGAAUCCGUCUCACACGAACACCCAAUGGAGCAGAUCAAACCUCUUAUUGGCGCAGAAAGUGGCGAUUCCAGCGGCAACAAUCGCUUCGAGAGCAUUCAACGCUGCAUAUUGUCACUGGUACACGCGUGCCAGUGCAGGGAUGCGAAUUGUCGUCGUGUGUCUUGUCACAAGAUGAAGCGAGUCGUACAACACACGAAGAUGUGCAAGAAGCGAGUGAAUGCCAGUUGUCCAGUGUGCAAGCAGCUCAUCGCCUUGUGCUGCUAUCAUGCAAAGCAUUGUUCUCGAGAUUCUUGUUCGGUACCGUUCUGUAUGAACAUCCGCCAAAAAUUAGCCGAGCAGAAGCGUUCGAUCGCCAGACGUGCCGAUAUGAUGAUGCGAAGACGUAUCGAUGGUCUACAGGCUGUUGCGGGAGGACCAGCUUCGUCCAGCUCUUCGGCUGUUAGCGUUGCGGGAGGAACAUCAGUACCGACUCCACCUCCGGAUAACAAGCCGUUCGCUGGAACUCACAUGAAGGGAGGUAUUCCUGGUCCAAGCCCGCUGACUCAAGUACCGACGAUGUCGUCGAUGUCAUCACAUCCGCAAGCUGGACAACCUCAACAACAGCAGCGAGGAGGAUUUAUGUCAUCAGGAAUGAUGCCACCACAGCAACAACAGCAACAACCACCGAGCGGCAUGUCUCAAAUGGGACAAGGCAUGGGUGGUGGCGGAAUGGGAGGACCCAUGGGACAACAUCCAGGCGGCCAGCCGAUGCCACCUGGCGGACGAGGCGCAGGAGGACAGCCACCACCACCGUAUAGAGCACCAACGCCGAUGGUCGGCUUUAAUACACCGUCAAUGAUGCAGCCGGGCAUGUCAAUGCAUCCUGGUAUGGGUCAGAUGAGAAACCAAGCGGCGGAAGCCACAGAUGCACCACAGCAAGCAACAACCACCUCCACACCACAGCAAGCAAUCCUGCGUAACUGGAUCCAGCCAUGGCGCAGAAAAGACCCACAUCUAUUUGCUGCGUUCAUCAAGAUGAAACCUAACAGUGAGAUGGUAGGAGGUAGCUGGCCAUCAAGCAUGGGGCCGGGUGGUCCACAACCCGGCUACUAUGGCGGUCCGCCUCCUCAAGGAGGUGUUCGAGGAUCUGGUAACCAGUUUGCCCCGAUGGGACCUGGAGGAUGGCAACAACAACAGCAGUACCAUCAACAAACGGCAACACAAGGCAACGCCGGCGAUUUGCCGGUCAACAUUUUGGCGUCGGUCAGGUAA